UUGGCAGUAUAGUCCGUCAAGUGGCUCGCCAUGAAGGAGGAGGAGAAGAAGAAGAAGAGUUCAUACUUGUGCUUAUGUUUGCGAUAUUGUCACUAUGCUGUAAAAGAUAAAAAAAAUCUAGUUAUUAUUUAUACCCAAUAUUGUGAAUUUGCCGCUUGUAUCAUAAUGGCUCUAAUCACAAAAGCUGCUAACAAAAGCUCAACAUAUUUUACAAUUCGAAUGCUAGGAUAUCGGUUUCAAAGUACUCAACACCAGCAGGAUAGUGAAAAACACUUCGAUGAUGAACAAUUCCCUGUUUUAAACUUCAAACAAGUUAAAUCGCAACGGAUAGCUCGGCGGAAGGCAUUUAGGCCUGAUGUUCCUCCACCUAGAACCCAACAGAUGGCCACUGAUCAGGACUGGGGUGCCGUAUGGCCUGGACCGAAAUCGUUCAAUCCUUCGGCCGUUCCACUACCUCUCAGGCAGGGAUAUGUGGAACAAAAAAAUAAAAUUCCGCCAGGUAAGUUCGCGAACGCUGAGCUGAUGAAGAUACCCAACUUUUUGCAUUUGACGCCCCCGGUGAUUAAAAAGCAAUGCGAAGCUUUGAAACAAUUCUGUACCCCUUGGCCAGUAGGUUUAGAUACUGAGGCAAAAAUGAAGCGACACUUUCCGGUGGAUUUCAUCUCAUCGGAUUAUUGUCAUGCAUUACCAACGAUAAGAAAUCCUUUGUCACGAAUUGUUACAAUUCAGUUAAAGCUAGAAUCACUUACAUUGGAUCAACACGCAAAGGACAAACUUUUAAGAUUAGUUGGGGAACGAUACAAUUCGGAUACCGAUGUCCUGACUCUCGUGGCGGAUAGAUGCCCACUUAAGAAGCAAAAUUACGAUUACGCGAUGUAUCUUCUAACUGCACUUUAUCACGAGUCGAAUAUGGUGGAGCCAUGGGAAGAAACUAAAUCGGAAGCUGACAUGGAAUAUUAUGCUUUUCAAAGGAAUCGUUCAAAAAUAAGUUCGGAAAGUAUUCUAAACUGGGGAAAGUCAAAAGAAGACACGCAUCGAGAGGCCCCUGUGGAAUACGCGAACUCUGUGGAACAGCUUUUCAAUGACGGGGAGAAUGAGUACAAUCUUCAAAAAUAUAAGGAGCAAACUUUGUUAUUACUGGGAAUAGCUAAAUAGAUCAUAACAAUGAAGCUGUAGUAAAUCGAGAAAUAAACACAAUACUAUGUGGUAAAAUUGG